CUGGUUUGAUUUUGUUCUCAUGCAUGGCUACAUUAGAAUGCUGCAGAUUAAAAAAUCUUGAAAAAUUUUAGAUUUAUUUUUUUGGAACAUUUUUUUUAUAUUUGUACUUUUAGAUUGGUUAUCAAUAUUCUAUUUGAUUCAUUAUAGGUAUAAGAUUAAAAAUAUCAUAAUGCUAAAGCUGUAUCAUAUUAAUCAAUUUUCUAAUGAAGACCAAUUAAGCAGUUUAUUUGACCUCUGCUGGUUUUCUUGUUUGGAUUAUGAUUUAAGAGAGUAAAAAGAGAUUCUGGAAACGUAAAAUUGAAUUGCAUUUUGUCGCAUGGAAUUGAUAUUGGCUUCAAAAUUGAUCCUAACUUGAAGUUGUGUUUUGGAAUUUUUAAAUCCAAACAUGAUUCUUAGCCUCAAUUUUAUUAUUCAUUUCUUUUACAUAAGUUUAUCCAUACAUAAAACACUUUUCAUUCAACUGAUUUUAAUUAAAGUAACUUUCCAACAAAUUUAUUUAAAAUCAAUUUUUGUCACCCCAUCCAAACAGUUUGUUUAGCCAGAACAUUUUGUUGAAAAUGCCAAGUUUGAGUUUCAAUUUAGUGUUUUAAAGAAACUAAUUUCAUGUUACUCCCAUAUAGAUUUAAUGGAAGAAAAGCAGCUAAACUUCAACCAGCCACUUUUAUCAGUAAGGAGAUUCUCAUCAACAAUAGCUUCUGAAGCAGAUAACAAAAGAAAAACAACUGAUAAUUCAUUAGCUAGAAGAUUACCAUCACCUCUUCCAUCUCACAACAAAUCAGAGUUAAAGUCAGGUCCAGUGAGAAAUGCUGGUGCUGUUCCUUUUGUAUGGGAAAAAACACCAGGAAAACCCAAACAUGAUGAAACCAAAUUACAACAAACACAUGCUGUUGUUGAGCAAUCUCCUGUUACUCCAAACCUUCCACCUGGUAGAGUACCAAAGCUUAUGCAACAAGAUUCUGAUGUAGUUACUGAUAAGAGAAUUGGAAACACUUUUUCCAAUUCUCAAAAUGUUGAAUCUUUGGAUAAGAAAGUAAUGAAACAUGAGAGUUCAAAAGAGGGAGAUUCUGAUUCAGAUGAUGAUGAUGAUGAUGAUGGAGAUGGGACUUAUCAAGAUGCUGUUGAAACACUUUCUAGGACUGAAUCAUUUUUCAUGAGUGGAUAUGAUGAUCAAGAGGUACAAGUUCAACAACAAAAUGGAAGUUUCUCGAGCAGUGAGCAACAAGCUCGCGAUUUCAUGAUCGAUCGGUUUUUGCCUGCUGCUAAGGCAAUGAUAUCUGAAACACCUCAGUAUGCUUCUAAAAAGACAAUUGUUGGACAAGGACAACAAAAACAGAUGUGGAAAAUUGGGAGUACAGAAAAGUCCUCUCCUCUUAGUCAGCAUAGACUGAAAUUGUUGCAGCAUAAGGAAGGAAGUGUGUUCGAAAGCGAUGAUUCUGAAAAUUAUAGUACUAAUACUGCGGCUUGUGGACUAUUUUCUCCCUUCUGUCUUUUGAAUCCAAUGCCAGGUGUAAGAAUGGCGAAUAAGGUUCAAAAUAAUGCAAGUUGUAAUUUAGCUUCUUCUCAUAUUGAAACUACAGAUGAGCAGCAUGGGAAAAAGUCAGAAGAUUCAAAGUCUGAUUUUACAAAAGACAGAGAGAUUUUUAGUCAUGAAAAAACUAAACAAGUCACCAAUCAACAUCGAAGGGGCUGCGGCGAAUCAUUAGCAUGCGAAAGCACUCGACUUGAAACUAGCUAUGAUAGGCCAAUUGUUGAAAAAACUCUAUAUGUUGAUUCUGUACACAAUAAGAUCAAGUUCCAAACCAGUCACAAAGGAGAUGAUUUUGGGAAUUUGCAAAGAGAUAGUGGCAACCAAGGAAGUGACUUAGAUAAGGACUUGGUGUCAACUUCAAGUCCACAAAUAGUUGAAUGUAAAAAGAUAGAUGAUGAUGAUGAUAUCCUUAUUAAGAAUUAUGAAUUUGAUAUAAAGAGUCAAUCAGCUGCCAAAUGGAUUGAUCAAGAAUGUAAUUUAGCUAGCUUUAAGAUGGAAGAUGAUGGUGAUGGGAAAAUUGACUUAGAAAGCCAAUGUGGUAUGAAAUUAAGCAAUAAUGACAUAUUUGAUCCAGCAAGUUUUUUUGAGAUUCCUCUUGUACUUUCUUCGCUGAAAGCUCCAUCAGAGUCUUGGCUUAAACGUACUUUACCUGCCAUUUCCACAAGGAACACAUCUUCACAUACUAACCUUGCUUCAAAUAUUUAUUCAAGAAGCCAAAUUCAAAAGACAGCAUCAGUGUGUAACAAGUGUGAAACAAUUGUUAAUUCUUCUUAUGUGCAACAUGACCACCUUCUGCUCCGGGAGGAACUACUAAAACCAAUUGCAGAAGAAGAUUGAAUUUAUCAGAAAGAAGGCUUUUAUAAGUUGAGUGCUUGCUAAAAUGUACAACAGUUUUGGCAAUGUAAUUUUUUACAUAAUUGUUGUAUGUUACCAUCCUUCUGGUAACUUUUUGUAAUUGAAAUUGUAAAUCGCGAUUCCCUUUUUCUAUCUUGGAGUAAAUGUACAUAAUAAGUAAGUGGCAA